AUGACAUUCAGUGUUCUGAGCUCAUUUGGUCUCACGAAGUGGCGUCCUGAUGUGCUUGGUGCUUCGCCAACAUCAUUUUACAACCUUGCUAUAGAAAGCAUUGCUAUCUCAAGCUUUGAGCUUGGAUUACAGAACGGAGGCUAUGUAUACUUCGAGCCGAAUUUAGAGUAUAUCCAUAACACAGCAUUUCUCUGCCAAAUCUACCGGAACUACGUCUACUCACAUCUCAGGAAAUCAAUCCUGAAGGAGUCAAGGGAGAAAGGAAGACUAGCUUCUGAUGCAGUGAAAAGGGUAAUGUACAAGCGGCGGAAAAAGGUCUACUCUUCGUCUUCAUUCAUGAUUCCUUCAUCUAAAUAUUUUUCUCAGCUUAUGAAAUCUCGUAUCAAGUAUGCUCAAGAUUCAGGUUUCAAUAGCCGAAUCAAGAGUUUGAUUGCAGAGCCUGAGUGUAACUCUGAAGAUGAAGAUGCCGAUGAUGGAUCGCUUCACAUAUUGGUGAAGAACCUUCGCAGUGAAAAUACAUCACAUUUCAUCACACACGAAAUUGAUAAAGGUAUCUGCACAGUCGCUGAAUUGUCAGGAUCGAAACGACAUUCCUACAAGAAGAAGACACGGAAACCUCAUCCGGACAAUAAGAAGUCAAUUUUCAGGAAGCUCCCGAAGAAUUGUGCUCUUGACUGGUUUCAGCCGGAGCAGUUCAACUCUCUUCCCACCCAGAUCCGGAAGCGUUAUGUGGAUGCACAUAUUGCUUUACCACCUUUUGAGAAGCGAAAGAAGUUGAAGGUAGCUGAAUGGGGCUUAUUAUCGGAGGAUAGUUUCAUGAAGAAGUAUGGGAAUGAAGUCCGGAAGCUAUAUAAGUUCCCAACAAAGGAGGAGUUGGAAGCAAUGGAGAAUGGUCAGUCUGAUUCAGAUACAUCUUUGGACAAUGAUGAUGCUAUGGAUGAGGAUGGGGAUGAGGGUGAGGCAGUAUGA